CUUGCUCCCUCGCUCCCCAAAUAGACGUUGCUAAAGCGCCACCCCCCACACCCUCAGUAAUGGUCCUCCCUGUGGAGCUGGUCCUGGCAUUCCACACCCUGAUAAGCUUCCUGAAUCCUCAGGGAGUACGGGCCAUCAAGGCCGACCACAUGGGCUCCUACGGACCAGCCUUCUACCAGUCUUACGAUGCUUCUGGGCAGUUCACACACGAAUUUGAUGGGGAACAAAUUUUCUCUGUGGAUCUGAAGAACGGGGAGGUCGUGUGGCGUCUGCCUGAGUUUGGGGACACCCAAUACUCGAACUUUCAGAGUGGCCUGGCCAGUAUCGCCAUGAUCAGAGCUCAUCUGGACAUCUUGGUGGAACGCUCCAACCGAACCAGAGCCAUCAGUGUGCCCCCCAGGGUGACCGUACUCCCGAAGUCUCCUGUGGAGCUGGGAAAGCCCAAUGUCCUCAUCUGCAUCGUGGAUGAUAUCUUCCCGCCUGUGAUCAAUGUCACCUGGCUGCGCAACAACCAGCCAGUCACUAAGGGAGUGGCCCAGACCAGCUUCUACACCCAGCCUAACCACAGGUUCCGGAAGUUCCACUACCUGACCUUUGUGCCCUGGGCCGAAGACAUGUAUGACUGCCGGGUGGAGCACUGGGGCCUGGAGGCACCGCUCCUCCAGCACUGGGAGCCCCAGGUGCUUACUCCGCCGCCGGACACCACAGAGACCCUGGUCUGUGGCCUGGGCCUGGCCCUCGGCUUUAUGGGCUUCCUUCUGGGCACCGCUCUCAUCGUCACAGGCCUGAGCCCGCGCAGCAUCCGCAGGUAAGUACUCCGCUGAGAGAAACCUGUGAUCAAUGCCCUCUGAGAGAAACCCCGUGGAUUCCCAGCAAGCUUCUGGAAGCUUCCUCAUGCUCAGCUCCAGCCUCCUACAGUGUUGACCUCCAGGGGCAUUAACCUCUGUUCUUCAAGUCCCUCGUUUUCCGGCCCCCAAACCCCCAGCAGAACUUGUGGGGCACAGUCUGCUACCUCCAACCCCAGCACACCCCCAGCUCCC